CGCAAGAAUUCCGCAUCUACAACCGCCUAGCGGAACAAAUGGACUACUUUGUAUGAGCUUUCCCUUCUCCCCUAGUCACCCGCGCCACGGAGACCUCUUGACUUGUUAGUUUGCCCUGCGAAAACUAACCACACGGCGCGGCCUCCCUGUGCCCACCGGCUUUCCUCCCCCCGCCUUAUAGCAUGCCCACUUCCGCCAGAUGUACGCCACGCUGCACACGGCGUGCGCCACCAGCCGGCGGCCCGCCAACAUGACGCUGCGGCAGUUCCUCGACGAGGGCCUGCGCCUGGCGCACUACCUCGAGAUGCACCACUCCAUCGAGGAGACCCACCUGUACCCGCUGCUGGGGCGGAAGAUGCCCGAGUUCCGCGCCACCACCACCACCGCUGCUGCUGCGGGCCCGGGGUCGUCGGGAGCGGGAGGUUCGGCGGGGGGCAGGGGUAAGGGGAAGGGGAAGAAGCAACAGCGGGCCGGAGGGGAGGAGGAGUGCGAGCUGAUUCGGCAGCAUCGGAUGAUUCACGAGGGCAUGGAUGAGAUGGUGGAGUAUCUCAGGCGGUGUAAGGACCGUGAGUGCGAGCUGGAGCUGGCCGUCUUGAAGGAGAAGAUGGAGCCGUGGGGCGAGGUGCUGCUCAAGCACCUUGAUCAGGAGGUGCGGGAUCUGGGCGCGGAGAAUAUGAGGAAGUAUUGGACGCUGCAGGAGAUGAGGGCAUUUCCUAUCUGAGAGUGCCGGUUGGUUUUCUCAGUUAGUCAGGUAGGGUCACUUGGCGAUAGGCGGCGUUGGGAUGAUAGCCCUGAUUGACAAUAACUACCUACCCGGCGCAUCUCGAGAGGAGGACACCCGGGAAGAAUCAACUAAGGUACCCAUUUCUGUCUAGGAACAGUGCCUCCCUGGCUUUUCAAAGAGCCAGCGGACACUUUGGUAACCCACGCUUUGCGAUACACCCGUCGAGGACCACGUCCAACUGGACACCUGGAGCGACCGCAGCGCUGCCGCCUAGGGAAGAAAGGACAAGAGAGGACCGUGGAACUCCCCGCAUAUUGGCGCACUUCGAAGCCGUCCCAAGAAAUAUCACAGAGCGAGCCAGGCCCCGCAAUGCGCCAUCACAUAUGCAGCCACGACGCGAAUAGAUCG